GCCCGCCCCGCCCCUCCCCGGAAGGCCCGGGUGUCCGCAGCUCCCCGUGGACUCCGACCCGGGGCAACAUGGCCGCGUUCUCACCUCUGCGCGACUGCCAGGCCUGGAAGGAUGCGAGGCUCCCGCUCUCCACCACAAGCAAUGAAGCUUGCAAGCUGUUUGAUGCCACGCUGACCCAGUAUGUAAAAUGGACCAAUGACAAGAGUCUCGGUGGCAUCGAGGGCUGCCUGUCAAAGCUCAAAGCAGCAGAUCCGACCUUCGCGAUGGGCCACGCCAUCUCUACUGGCCUUGUACUGAUUGGCACUGGAAGCUCCGUGAAGCUGGACAAAGAACUGGACCUGGCUGUGAAGACAAUGGUGGAGAUUUCAAGAACCCAGCCGCUGACAAGGCGGGAGCAGUUGCACGUGUCUGCAGUAGAGACAUUUGCCAAGGGGAACUUUCUGAAAGCCUGUGAACUAUGGGAACAGAUUCUCCGGGACCACCCAUCAGACAUGUUGGCCCUGAAAUUUUCCCAUGAUGCUUAUUUUUACCUGGGCUGUCAGGAACAGAUGCGAGAUUCUGUUGCUCGAGUUUACCCCUUCUGGACACCUGACAUCCCCCUAAGCAGCUAUGUGAAAGGCAUCUACUCUUUUGGCUUGAUGGAAACCAACUUCUACGACCGGGCAGAAAAACUCGCCAAAGAGGCUUUAUCUAUUAACCCGACAGAUGCAUGGUCGGUGCACACCAUCGCUCACAUCCACGAGAUGAAAGCAGAGAUCAAGGAUGGGUUGGAAUUCAUGCAGCACUCAGAGACCCACUGGAAGGACUCUGAUAUGUUGGCUUGUCAUAACUAUUGGCACUGGGCUUUAUAUCUGAUUGAGAAGGGCGAAUAUGAGGCCGCGCUGACCAUCUUUGAUAGUCACAUCCUUCCCAGCCUGCAGGCCAGUGGUACCAUGCUGGACAUGGUGGACAGCUGCUCCAUGCUCUACCGCCUGCAGAUGGAAGGGGUGUCUGUGGGCCAGCGGUGGCAGGAUGUCCUGCCUGUGACCCGGAAGCACAGCCGAGACCACAUCCUGCUGUUCAAUGACGCACACUUCCUGAUGGCAUCCCUGGGUGCACACGACCACCAGACCACACAGGAGCUGCUGACCACCCUGCGGGACGCCAGCGAAUCUCCAGGGGAGAACUGCCAGCACCUCCUGGCCCGAGAUGUGGGGCUGCCCCUGUGCCAGGCCCUGGUGGAGGCUGAGGACGGGAACCCUGACCGCGUCCUGGAGCUGCUUCUGCCCAUCCGCUACCGGAUCGUCCAGCUCGGUGGGAGCAAUGCCCAGGUGCCGGAGCCUCACAUGCCCAACUGGUAUUUCAGAGAGACGUCUUCAACCAGCUGCUGAUUCAUGCGGCCUUAAACUGCACCUCCAGCGUCCAUAAGAACGUGGCCCGGAGCCUUCUGAUGGAGCGUGAUGCCUUGAAGCCCAACUCGCCCCUGACCGAGCGGCUCAUCCGCAAGGCGGCAACUGUCCACCUCAUGCAGUGAGCCAGCCUGGCCGCCUCCACCCUGUGGAACCUCGGUGAUGGCCUUGCUGCGUCCAGUCAGCUUGCUGCACCGGGUUAGGAUCAGGAGACGGCUGGAGCCUGUUUGUUAGGGCUGUUGGAGGGUGAUCUUCAGUUUUACAGGAAGGGGGUCAAAGGUUAAUUUUAAAUGUGAUUCUAAAUCUCCUUUCAGUCCUUGAGAAGGGCCAAUGUGCAUUUUUCAGCAGUCACAGCCAGUGCGAGUGCUGCUCUUUCCACCUGCCUUGCAAAUUCUGUUUCCCAGGGGAAUGUGUCUACUGCCUGGUGGUUCAAGGGUUGGAAGGCAGGGCGGGGGUGGGGGCUGAUUCCACUAGGACAGGUCUUCCAGAGGCAGCCAGCCUCCCACCACCGCCUGUCCCCUUCCAGGCUGCCCUUUCGCUUAUAUUCUACACAGGCUCUGUUGUCUCGUGGUGGUAUCCCAUUUUUCAGGUGAGGGUACCAGGGGUAAGGGAGUGGCCUGCCUAGGAUCACACUACGAGAGGCCCCCACCUGCUGCCUUUGGGCUCAGCCCCCUGCUGCUGCAUCCACCGCCCUCCUUACAGAUGAACAUGCACAUGAGGUCCUCCUGCUAUCUCUGGGGCAAGUCUUGGAGCCUCCUGCAGGGCUCUGUUGGUGCUGAUUUGGACCCGUUUCUCUUUUUAAACUGCACAUCAUAAGGCUUCAUGUCGAGCAUGAUUUUAAUCAUAAAUGCACUUUUGAGAUGCAAGGAUUGAGCUCAGAGCUGCUGUGUUGUGGCAAAACGCAAAGUGCUGUGAUGUGUGGCUGUGACAUGCCUGGAGCGGGCCCUGUUAGUGCUGCCUCUGUCUCCUGCUUCCCCACUGAGCACCUCCUGAAUGUGCUGCUGACUCAGUUGUGCUGCUUUCAACCUUCCUGUGAGGGGAGGUCCCAGUGCACAGAUGUUUUUCAAGUUCCUCAGUUUGUACUGAAAUGAGGUAGGGAUUCAUCAGGGCAGGAAGCAGGCCUCCCGGAAGAGGAGGACCUCCAAAUCUAUGGAGUCCCCUCAGUGUGCUCAAGCCCAGGCAGAUUUCUGUGAUUAAAAUCAAUUAUUAAUCGGUUCCU